AUGGCCUCGUCGUCUCCUGCACCACAGCAGCCCGCCCAGCCGUCGGAUCUACCUCCCUUGGACCAAGAUCAUGUUCACCUGCGAAUCACCUACCUUGUUACUGGCAAUCCACGGCCACCACAUUAUCUGGGGAGCCUCAAUCUGAACACCACCAUAUCUGCACUCAAGGAGAAGAUUCAGACUGAGCUGCCUGAGCAUCCGUCUCCCUCAGAACAACGGCUCAUUUAUCAGGGUCGUCCUCUACUCCGAAACGAUGCUAGCCUGCGGGAAAUCCUCAGGAUCGAACCUGGUGCUGUGCCUGAUAUCCUCCCGUAUACGGUUCAUAUUGUGAUCCAGUCUCCGCAGAAUAUCUCCCAGCCCCAGCAACCGUCAAACUCCGUUCUGAACCCCCCUCCACCACCGCCUCUGCACCCUGGUCACCAGCAUGCAGACUUUGCAAGCCCUUUCAGAGCCGCUGAAACAUCAGCCAAUAGACUCCAGGAGUCGCUUGUCCGUAUACAGCAGCAGAUUGAGGCCAACAGAGCGGAUCUGAGGACGGUUCAGCAGAGAAUAGCGUUACAACAUAACAAUCUCGGUGGACCACCAAAUCUCAUGAAUGGUCAGGUUAAUGUCAAUGGCCAACCGCUGCCUGCUCCUAUUCCGCAGACUUUUGCCCUGGACUUUCAUUUCGGCCUUCCCCCGGAUCAGCGUGCACAGAAUCAACAACCUCCGGUCCGUCUGAAUCCCCAACCUCAUCAUCUGCCACCUCACACAUCAACUCCUACACACACCGUUCAGGAAUUCCAGGGUCCGAGCGGACAACGCAUGACAGUCGUGUCAGAGCACAUGAGCUUGGUGAUCCCAACCCCAGACCAGGCCCCCGGAUCUGGGCAGCCCGCUACACAAUCUCAACCGCCAAAUCCAUCGACUCAAAGACAACAAAACAAUAUUCCCCCAGCACCUACGCCAACCACCUUUGCCCCACCUAUCUUCUUGUUUCCUUCAUCCAAUUCACCCAUCCAUGUACCAAGCCCAUCUGUGCAGAAUCACCCAAGCAUCCCUCAAACAUCAAAUACGAUGGCCUGGCUGCUAUCGUCACCAAUGGGCCCCCAGGCAUUUCUGUUUGCUCCGGGCCAUGGCUACUUUUCUACUCUCCCUUCGAGGCCACCGCAGGUAGCCGACAGUGUGUCAGAUUCUCAAGUUCAAGGAAAUGAAGCAAACGCGAUAGGGGGAGCUCAGCCGAUACAAGCGGGGAAUUUUGACCAUCCAGAUGCUAACCACGCAAUAAUACGAGCGAAUCAGCCGCUACCUGUCCCAGUUCUGGCACAAGCGCAGCAGAAUGGAGAAGACUUUGAUCUCUUCGCAUUCAUCAUUCAGAGGGGAUGGCUUUUCUUGCGACUCUACCUGUUCAUGUUUGUUUUCUCCGAACCGGGCACCUGGAAGCGGUGGUUCAUGAUCCUUGUGGCGGCAUUCAUCUGUCUACAGCCUCCAGAUGGUCCCCUUACGCACCUUUUGGCAGCCGCUCGCCGUCACCUCGAUAAUCUUAUUGGCCCACCUCCACCGCAACCUCCACCUGAAGCUGCGGCUCAGCAACAGAAUCCCGCCGCUAUUCAACCCGGUGUAGGCCCUGUACAAGCCGGGGCUGGUGUACAACGCCCUGCCAACAUCCGCGGAGCUACGACGAUGACACCACAAGAAGCGAUAGCUCGUCUGGAAGAGGGGCAGAACCAUGAUCCGCGUUCCUGGCGCGACACACUGUAUCGUGCUGAGCAGAGUAUAGCACUGUUCCUGGCGAGUUUGAUUCCUGGUGUGGGCGAGCGCCAUGUCAGGGCGAGGGAGGAAGCAAGAAGAGAAGAGCAACGUCGCAUAGAGGAAAGAAGCCGGGCGGAGAACGAAGCAGCUGCGCAGAGACAAGGUGCGGAAGAGGCAGAUGCCCCGGUUGGUGAAGGGCAAGGCUCACCAGCAGAAGGCCCAAAACCCGAAGUCGGCGUGGAAGGGUCCCGAGAACAGAGCACUUCAACCUCCGUUGAGGUCCGUGAUGGCGAGAGUGAAUCUGCCGAAUUACGGAAUAGAAUCUCCUGA